AUGACGCUCGCGCGCUAUGUAGUCCCGCCGCGUCCCAAGCCAGGCCGCAAGCCUGCCACGGACGAGCCGGCUUCAAAGCGCAAAGCCCAGAACCGCGAGUCGCAGCGAGCCUUCCGUGCCCGCAAGGCGCAGAAGCUCACCGAGAUGCAAGAGCAGGCAGAUGUCACCAACCGGAAGCACAGGGACGAGCUGAAUGAGAUGCUAGCUGAGCAACACCGUCUCAGCUCGGAGCUCAACAGCGUGCAAGCGCAGCUAGACGAGGCCAGGGAGGCCUUGCAGAGAGUAACCAAGGAGCGCGACUACUGGAAAGACCGCAGCAGUCAGACUGAGGCCCAGCACAACACCCUCCAGCAGCGACUGCGCGAUCAGAACUAUCCGCUCAACCCCUACAAUGACCAGCAGGCCGUCUUCUUCCCGCAGCAGAAUUCACCGACUCGCUCUUCCAUGGGUUCGUUCUCUGGCUACAGCUCUCCCAAGUCCAUGACACAUAUUGGAUGCGGUAACUGUAAGCCUAACGGUGACUGUGCUUGCAUUGCUGAAUUUUCCCAAGCGCCGAAUCCGUUUGCCGGUCCCGUUCCUGUGAUCCAGCCACUACCGCGAACCGCUGCCUCGCCCAUGAAAGGCGUCCAAUUCCAGACUGUCGACCCAUUCGCGGAUCGGGAGAUCGACUUCACUGCUCAAUUCGCUAAGCGUCCUAGACUGGAUCAGCGCCCGUCUGUCACUCUACUUGCGCAGAGCGGCAGUGAGCAAGAUUCCCAGUGUGGCUUUUGUACGGACGAUUCUAAUUGUCUGUGCAAAGACCAAUCGUUGCAGUUUCAGGAUGUUCAACGUAAUCAAGACCAGGUGGUGCCGCUCUCGGCCACUUCUAAGCUCAACGGUCCCGGUAGCUGCGAUGCUUGCCAGAGCAAUCCUAAACAACGAGCAUGGUGCCAGAGGAUUGCGCAGCUCAAAAACGAAGAGUUCCUGCCACCGCCAACAUCUCGGAAUUCGAGCAUCAGCAGCACUCUUGAGACUAUGGAGCCGCACAUCCCGGACGCCUCCACUCCAUAUGGUGCGAAGCAAUCCCUCGGUUGCAACGAAGCUUUCAAGCUCUUCGAUGGCCGCGUGUCUAUGGAUCAGGACAAGCUCGACUGGAUUAGCAAUCUCCGGAGAGUGCCAUCGCAUUCCAGGCGUGACACCAUGAUGCAUCAUUCGCGCAAGUACAGUGCUAUAGAGCUCGACACAGCCGGUAUCAUUGCGACGCUAGGCAAUAGCAUGAAGCCAAUCCAGCCUCGACAAGAGGACGGCGAGAACUCGGAUAUUGUGCGCAUUGCCCAGGAGUUUCAGAGGAGCACUCAGUCGCCGCACACAAGUCCUGAAUACGCCGGCUAA